UUGGUCGAAGGCGUGCGCGUCCACGACACCUCCUCCCGGUUUUCCUGGCAUGACCUUUUCCCUUGGCAACCACUUCCUUCCUCCGAGCAUCCAACGGCCAUCUUUAAUCGCACCAAAAAGUUGUUCCUCGCAUGGAAACACGCCGGAGUGGCUAGCUGCCUGCUCGAAGCGGCACAGAGGAGGACGCUGCGUGUGGGUUACUUCUUUCCGUACACGAACCCCCGAACAGAACCGAGCUGAACCGAAGCGGACUAUCGCGUUAGCACGGAAAGCGAUGAGGAAGAAGCAAACAGUCAAGCAAAGGAAGACUGAGGAGACUGCUGAUGUUGUCCAGGAGUUUGUGGUGGAGAAAAUCACACGACGUAGAAUCUCCAAUGGAAAAGUGGAGUACUUCCUUAAGUGGAAAGGCUUCACCGAUGCAGACAACACGUGGGAGCCCGAAGACAACCUGGACUGUCCUGAACUGAUCGAGGACUUCCUGAGAAAUCAUUUCUCAGACGACAUUGAGGAAGACGAGUUUGUUCCUAAAGAGGAAAUGACAGAGGAGACGGAAUUUUCACAGAGGCACACUCAGCACUGCGGUGGCGACGGAAUGGGCAAUCCAGAUUCACCCGCCGACUACAGUGCUUACCCCCAGCCUGAAUGCAUCAUCGGCUCCACAGACAGAAAGGGAGAGCUCAUGUUUUUAGUCAAAUGGAAGAACUCAGGUGACGUCGCCCUGCUGUCGGCCCAUGAGGCGAGCGCCAGGUGUCCUCAAGCGGUCAUUGACUUCUACGAGCAGAAGCUGACCUGGCACUGUGGUGACGACGAGCAGUGACGUGUGCGAUUGUGGGUUGAGGUGAACCUACGUCUUACCUCCUUUGAGCGCCGUCGCUCAGCUGCUGUCAAGGUGGAGAACGAAGUUGACUUUGUUGCAGCUAACGAACCUGUAGCCUUUUCUUGCGUCAUCAUGUAGCACACACAAUCACUGUGGACUGUAACACGUCUUUGUCAGUAGUAAUUUCAUAUUUUAGGCCCUUGUUUUUCUUUUACCUUAUUCCUCCUCCAGUGUGCAGGUUGUAGGGACAGUGAACUAACAUCUCUGCACCUUCAGGUACGGGUGGAAGAAGUGAUUAGAUGUGUUACUCAAGUAACAAUACCAGUAGCUGCAGCAAUGUAAAGAAUUAGCUGGAAAGGUCCUGUGGUAGUAGAAGGCAACAGGAAGAUCAUUUACAGUGGAUCCCCGAUAUUCGCUGGGAGUCUCGGAAUGUAACUGCAAACAAUGGACGCGCCCUUAAAAUCCCUCACACACUCAUUAAACACAUUUAAAAGUGUAAAAUGUGUAGGUACUUAGCUUUAAUGAAUGAUAAUGUAAAAGAACAGAUGGAAUCAGACCCACGGUCUAGCCUUUAGCCUGGUCGUCACGCUACCGCGACAACCACAAUGAGACUUCGGCACAUCAGCUGUGGUGCCACCUUCUUCUCCCUCUAUAUUACUACUGACGCAGGGUGAAUGUCAUGGCUUUUCAGUGGAAAAAAUGGCCUAUCUUUGUAGCGAGAAAACACAAAUGGGCAAGUUUUCCCACAAAUAAAAGUAUUUAGAAAGUCGCAGAUAUGCACAAACAGCCAAUAUGUGGGGAUCCACUGUAUAAGAAAAGCUCUGACUUUCUUUAGUGCCAACUGUUGGUUUAAGACGGCCUGUCUUUUUCUGACUUGUUUCUACGUUAAAGAAAAUACAUAAUUUCAUAUUCGGGUGAAUACAGUACUGUAUUAAGCUACAUUUUGGGUGUUAUGGGUUAUAUUUGAUUCUUACAUUUGUGCCCCUGACUGCUUUUUGUGUGUGUUUUAUAUGCAUUUGUUUUCUUUUGUUUUGCAAGCUACUUAAAUCAUUCAUGGUGAUUUUCAAAGUACUUCAAGCUAAAACUAAUGUAGUGGAGUAUACAGUAAAUGAAACCACGCGGUGGGCAGUUGAAGAACGAAGUAGCAUAGUAGCACCAAAUUUGAAUUACUUGAGUAGGUGUACUUAUAUAUGUCAUUAGUUCAAUGUGUUUUGUUUCAGUGCGUCUUUUUUUUUGUGCUGUUUUUCGUUCAAUCGUAGCCCAGCAUAUAUCCAAUCAACUUCUUCAUACCAAAUGUUUUUUUUUUUUUUUUUUUUUUUUUUUACAUUGACAUUAAAACUGAACAGAAUAAAACAAAAACGCCCCAAUACUGCCCUUGUAAGUGAUGCAGUGUUUGCACGCUGUUUGAAAAGAUGUUCAUGUAGCACUUUAGAUGUUAUCAGCUGUCAGUUCUUCCUCACGUGGAAGGGACAUAUCCUGUUAUGGGAUGGGCGCUCGACCUUAAACCUCUAAUAAAAACACACCUCCUCGACUACUGAGCGGUUGUUACUGUACUUACAUGUAGACACUGUAGAGAUAUGUGAAUAAAGCGAUUAUUGUGUAACCUUUA